AUGGCGCGCCUCGUUUCAGCGACCCAGGAGAAGGCGGACAAGCUGCUGGUAUACUUGGCUCGUAAAAUAGGAGAGCAUAAGCCGCGCAACGUCGUUUUCUUCAUUGUCGACAUUCUAUGCACUUACUAUCCUCGCCACAUUCCCAAUUUCUCGAAGACCUGGCUUAUGGACAAAAACCUCGACGAAGCGAAACAGCAUGUACGCGAACUUUUCAAGCGCAACAACUCGACAUCCUGUAUCGCACAGCACUUCAUCAAUGCGGGUUUCGACAGCGUUAGUUGCAAAUGCGAUAUAUGUGACAGCAUGCAGGUGGACUCCCUAACAUGCCUCACCACCGACGUGCUGGAUGAGAUCCAAGCUUACAACAACACCACGUGGCUGCCUGGGCACAAGGUUCGAGUGUAUCAGAUAUUCAAGGACAUCAAAAAGGUGGUGAAGGAAUACAAGGAUUCAACUAGGUCGUCUGUCAUGGUAUGGCAGCACGGUGACAAUCCGGUGUACGCGCAGAUGGAGGGUGCCUACAUCACGCCUUCACAGAAUGGCGCCAGCUGGCUAGAGAGGAGGACCGUUGGCACUAGCGGGGGACCCGUCUACUACUACUCGCAGCGACAAACGGCGUCCAGCCUCACCACCAUUAACCCCCAAAGCACAAUUCACAAGACUUCCAGCUCGCUGUUUGACACCGUGCCCCUGGGACACAGCUACAAUGGGCCAGUGAUCGUCAACAACGACAUGACUGUCACGCAAAUCGCCAACAAGUCGGCGGAAGCCACCACCAACAAGAUCAUCUAUGGACUUAUGGCGAAAACUAAUGCCGAACAACCCGCUGUGAAGCGGACUGGCGCAUCCAUAUGCUGCCACACCUAUGAAUCCCAAUGA